CACGCAGGUCAGCUCGUUUCACUUCCAUCAACAUGGAGUUCAAUAGUGUUGUUUUCAUACUUGCCCUAUUGGGCCUGUCUCUGGCAUAUCCUUUAGGGUCUGUUAAAAAGUUUGAGCGCGAUCCCGAGGAGAUUGGUGGAUACUUUGAGGGUGAUAUGGAUUUAGAUAAUAUGCAACGAGCAGCUAUUGAAAAUCCGAAAAGUCGAAAUGGAUUACUGGAUAAAGUUUACAAUUGGCCAAAUAAUAUUGUUUAUUAUGAACUCAGUGAUGUUUUCGAUGACGAGCACAAAAACCAAAUUGUCAAAGGUCUCAAUUAUCUUGAGUCUGUCUCAUGUCUAAGAUUCUUACCAAAAACUGAGGACACAGUGGAUUAUGUUUCAGUCACCGGUGAGGAUGGAGGAUGUUAUUCAAGUGUUGGACGCCGUGGUGGAAGGCAAACCCUGAACUAUCAAAUCUACCCAUUGGAUACCGGAUGUUUCCGAAUUGGAACUAUUGUCCACGAAUUCCUCCACGCUCUUGGUUUCUAUCACCAACAAAGCACAUAUGAUCGUGAUGAUUUCGUAACCAUUGUUGAAGAGAACAUUCAAGAUGGUAAACAACAUAACUUCAACAAGUAUCUGACUACUACCGUCACCGACUUUGGAGUACGUUAUGACUACGAUAGUGUAAUGCACUAUAGUUCGCUUGCUUUUAGUAAAAAUGGUGAAAUGACCAUUGUCCCAAAAGAUCCAAAUGCAGCCAUUGGGCAAAGAUUGAAGUUAAGUGAUGCAGAUAUUUUGAAGCUCAACAUUAAAUAUAAUUGUCCAAAUAUUGCAAAAUAAUUAUACGAUUUAAAUAAAUUAUAUUUUUUAGA